CGGCGGGGCCGCCUCCCGGCCGAGCCGAGCCGAACCGAGCCGCGCCGCCGAGCCCGCAGCCGCCCCCGGCCGAACCGGGCGGCCCCGCCGGCACCGGGCCCCGGAGCUCUCCGCGGUGCUGAACGGCGCCGCCGCGCCCGCGGGACGCCGGCCAGGAGCGGCUCGGCCCGGCGCGGCGCGGCGGCCGCGGGGGAUGGAGCCCUUCCUGGGCUGCACCGGCGCCGCGCUCCUGCUUUGCUUCAGCUACGCCGGUCUGCGGCCGGUGGAGGCAGACAGCCCAUCGGCUCCGGUCAAUGUCACAGUCAAACACCUGAAAGCCAACUCAGCCGUAGUGACCUGGGACGUGCUGGAGGAUGAAGUUGUCAUUGGAUUUGCCAUUUCCCAGCAGAAGAAGGACGUGCGGAUGCUGCGCUUCAUCCAGGAGGUGAACACCACCACCCGCUCCUGUGCCCUCUGGGACCUAGAGGAGGACACUGAGUACAUUGUGCAUGUCCAGGCCAUCAGCAUCCAAGGCCAGAGCCCUGCCAGUGAGCCAGUCCUCUUCAAGACCCCCAGGGAAGCUGAGAAACUGGCUUCUAAAAAUAAAGAUGAGGUGACAAUGAAGGAGAUGGCGAAGAAAAACCAACAGCUGCGCGCGGGGGAAAUACUCAUCAUUGUGGUGGUGUUGUUUAUGUGGGCAGGGGUGAUCGCCCUGUUCUGCAGGCAGUACGACAUCAUCAAAGACAACGAGCCCAACAACAGCAAGGAGAAAGCCAAGAGCGCCUCAGAGAACAGCACCCCUGAGCACCAGGGUGGGGGGCUGCUCCGCAGCAAGUUCCCAAAAAACAAACCCUCGGUGAACAUCAUUGAGGCGUAACAGCUCCACAGGACUCCACUUCUCACGCUCACCUUCUGCCUCUGAGCCUCAAUGCCUGGGGAGGUGAAAUAGCAUUGGAGCGAUUGGGAAGGAGACCCAGCAGCCAUCAAUCACUUGAUGGCACACAGCAGCUCCUUCCUCAUCUGUGCUCUGCAAACAUCCGACCAGAAGGAAAAACCCUGCAACAACAAAACAAAACACAACCCAAGCCCAACCAAGAUGGAAAGGCACCAAUGAGAGCUGCUGCUGCUCAUGGGUCACCGCAUGGGAGCGGCCCCUCACGCUCCCCACCCUCACACUCCGUCUCCUGGAGUGCUUUUCCCACCUUUGGAAACGUGCACUGUCCUGUUGUAGUGCAGUCUCACCAUCACCCAUCUCAGCAGCACUGCUGGGAGCUCACCAGCACCGCCCCCCAGCCAGCGGGAAGGAAGGACAGCAGCUCACUGCAGACAGGCUGCGCUGCCGUGCGCUUUCAGCUCGCUUUGUUCCAUUGGCGCGCGAUGUGCAGCAUCUCACGGGUGGGGUUUGUAAGAAACAGAGGAAAGAGAAGCACUGCAGGCUGCAGACCCACUGCAGGAGCUCCUUCAGCUGCUUCCCAGCCAGCAUCCAGCACUGCUGCCCCCCAUCACACAGCGCUGUUCUUCAUCUCAGAUGUUUGGGGCACAGGCUGAGACAAGGGGGCACCAGGAGGCCCUGUUCAGCUUCCAGGAUAAACCCAACCAUCUUCAUGGUACUUUCAGCAGCUGCAGUGUGAGAACACUCCAUCCAGAUGUAGCCAGUUAGCAAAAAAAAAGAGAAGAAAUAAAAAAGAAAGAAAAAAAUAACACGGAUGCUACCGGUCGCUAUGCAAGGUCCUGGUGGUAAUGGCAGGAGGCUUUUGCCUAAGGGACCUUUUUUACUGAGGGCUUCAGUUCUUCAUGGCUUCUCCCAUGGGGUGCAGUGGGAAGGUCUGGCUCUGCUCCGUGAUGCCGGGGCUGUGCCGGGCAGCCCCCCAUGUGCAGGGGGGUCAUGGAAGGGGCCGGGUCUCCUCCCCACUGGGACGCCUGGGAGUGCAUCGCAUGGAACAGAUUAACUCUCGUCGUGUGCCAUGGGGUAUCUGUAUUUACCUGCUCCACAAAACCACUCCACAUGCACAAGGGGAUGAGGCAAGAUCCUAUUUGCUCCAUCAGACAGGUCGGCCUGAGGAGGGCUUUAAUCUCUUUACACCACACCUGAGUUAAAGGCCCAGCACGGAACCGGGCCGGCAGCUGCCAGCAACGCUGCUCCAGCUCAGCACCAACGGCUCCAACUCAGCGCAGGGGGGGAAGCACCGGGAUUCUGCCCAUCCUUUGUGGACUGGAAGGGCUUCCCCUGCGCCAGCUCCAGGCCAACCCCUGUGGUCUCUUCCACGGAUCCUUUGCCAGAACGUAACUCCUCCAUCACCGAGAGGGAGAGGUCAACACCUCUGAUACAGACAGAGCAAUAAACAUUUUAUAAUGUACAACAAAAGAUUAAAGGUGUGUCUUGUUUGAA